CACCAACCGACAACAACAAUGUCCGACGACGCGCUGAUGGACGCGAUCCGCAAGCGUCUGCUGGAGACGGGCGACUGGGAGAGGAUAUCCCGGCUCCUCCGCACGCAGCUCGAGGAAUCAGGCUUCGACGACGACAUCAAGGACCUCGCGAAGGAGAAGGCCCGGAAGCAGGGCGCGCCGAGCUUGGGUAAGCUCGUUGCAGAGGUCGCGCCGGCUGCCAAGGGCAUGGUGUCCGACUCGGUGCGCGAGGCCGUCGUGCGUGAGAUUGAGGCCGUCCUCGAGCGCGAGGUUGAGAAGGCGUAGGGCGUAGCGCUGCUCGCCCGCGUCGUCGUAUGCUCCCCAUUCUGUUGUACCAUGCAUCCCAUACCC